ACCUACCUUUAGAUUUUGAAUGAAAAAUAUAAAAUUAGUGGGGUUUGCGCCUAAUUUCCACAAUCCCGCGUUCUCUCUAAUAUUUUCCGAAACCUAACCGCUGCCUCUCCUCCUAUAAUCCGUUUUCUAAUCAACAGUGACUGCAACUCCAGCCAAGAAAGCCAUUGUCACUCCAGCCAAGGCAGCUUUGCGAUUCUUGCCGUGACUCCAACUCCAACUCCUUCGGUUUCCUCUCCCAUCUCAGUCUGUCAGACAACCGUGCGACCACCAUGACGUUGGACCGUUGGAAUCAACGAUGGGAACGAUCCUUACUGCUCGACGGGACCUAUACGAGUCUCAUCGGAGCUGUUAAUCAAGGAUACAGAGUUGUAGAAAAUGGAUAACAAUCAUGUGGACAUUGCUUCUACGAGUGCGGUUGCAUCAGACAAUCGUCGUAUGAAACGUGGCCAGUCAAGGGGAUUGGCUACAACUUCUUUGCCAAGUGGCCAAAAGAUAAAACUUUGAUGGAGGAGGAGGAGGAGGAUUCUUGAUCUCUUCCCCUAGCACCUAACAGCUCUACUGGGACUGACUAUUCUGGCAUCAUACCCUUUUUUUCUUUAUGGGUUGUGGUUGAUCCUUGUUCAUCACUCUCAUCACAAAUAAAUGGGAGAGGUACUGAUUUGAAGGUGCGAAAUUUUCCAAUUUCUAUUUUAGCUUUACUUGCUAGACUUGUCUUUUCUCUGUUAAUUAAAAUUUGGUUGCUGGUUUUGGUUCAAAUAGAUCCUAAAUUAUUGUACUCCAACAUUGUUAAUAUGAGCUGCUUCAUUAUCUAGAAGCUGAUCAAGCCUUUACUCCUGCUCCCUGAGCAUCAACUUAUACUCUAGAAGGAAUGGAUAUAUACUCAAGUUUUUGUAUGGUGCUAUUAAUCUCAACUCAAAUUUUGCAUAUGACAAUACCCUAUGGCCAUGAAUAAGGGGUGCACCUUAUUCUCUACCGUUUUGUAGUUUCAAUUAAGAAUCUGAACUGCGAUUGGUCCAGAGAACUGUUUCUGGAGAAGUUUGAGUUUGCUGAGCAUCACUUCCGGAAGGAUUUCCAAAUCAAUCACACUCAUCUGUCAUCAUGUGUUAUCUAGGGACUGCUUCACAUGCUUUAAAGGUUAGGGAUGAGCUGAAACACUUGCUGGAUGAUGGUGAAGAUAUGGCUGAGAUGUAUCAUACCAACAUGAUGAUGCAGUCACACUUUGAUGGAUCAUCUUCACUUUCCUUUCUAAAUGAUGUUCUUCACUCAGAAAUGGAUGAUAGAUUGAAGACAAACUCAACAUUCACAAAGGUUGGUUGGGACAACAUUACAAAAGGGCUUGAAGCCGAAUUCAAAAGGCCCUUUGCAAAAGUACAACUGCGUAACAAGAUGAAUAAGUUACGCAAGGAGUACAACAGCUUCAGGGCUUUGUUAGAAACAACUGGUUUUGGAUGGGAUGCGAAUGCUCGGACUGCCAUAGCUGAUGAUUCAGUAUGGGAAUCUACUAUUCAGGGAAACAAAGAUUGGGCAAAGUAUAGAAGAAAUGGUCUCCCCUUGUGGCCAGAGUUGUUAGAGAUUUUCUCCGACUCUAGUGCCCGUGGGGAUAGAGGUCUGUCACAGGCAACAGUUGUAACUCCAACGUCAACUAACCUUGAAAUUGAUGAUGAUUUACAUGACACUGAUAAUGAUGACAGUGAUGCUUGUACUGGGACACCCAAGGGGUCAGCUCUUCCGAAGCGGCGACUUGAUAGGACUCCUACGGAUCGUAGGAGGAAGAGCCACACACGGACACUCACGAACUCCGCUGAGGACUUUAGAACCUUUGUCCGAUGGAGGAUGAAAAAGGGAUCAACCUCUGCCACCUCAGCAGUUACCCGACCACCUAACCCUAUUGUUGAUGGACCAUAUAGCAUGAUGAGCUGUCAGAAGCUACUGGACAGUUUGGAGGAUAUCCCAAUGGAUUUGUAUGUGUUGGCGCAGCGUAAGAUACACAGUGACCCUGGAUGGUGCAUGUCUUUUAUUGAAGUGAGACCUGACAGGAGGUUGUGGAUGCUACAUGGUCUGAAGGAGUGAAAGUAACAGUUUCUG